GGGAAGCAUCUAUUUCAUCAUAAAUUUCCUCAUUCAGCAAGACAAUUCACCGGUGAAUAGAGAAAUGUAAAAAAACACCUUAAGAUAAUGAAAGCGGUGGAACGUAAGAAGAGCGAAUUUUACCGGAACUAUGAUUGCUAUCAAAAAUAGAAAGACACGAUUGAAGAAGUACUACAUAACACUUUGUGCACUAUCGUUUCAACUAACCGAAAAUCAAUCAAAAAGAUCGAUAACAUUCGAUUCAUUACACUUGAAAAAAAGAAACUAAUUUGUCUUCUUUGCUCCCAUCACUUCAUUUUUGUUUUGCGGAUAAAUUACAAAGACAUAAGGUGGUGAUUUUUUCGUUAUCCUUGGAUUUAACUGCUAGAACGAAACGUGAAAGACAUGCAUUGCAAGGGCUGCAUAUUUACGGUGGUUCUCCUAGCAGUGUUUCGACAUGUUGAAUGUAGACACUUUCUGGAUCAUGGGAUGGCAACGGGAAGAAUGGUUCAUAUGCAAGAUCGUGUAAUAGAAAGCUGCCGAGGACAUUUCAUGUGUGAGCCGUUCCCGUAUCGGCGCUCACUUGGUCUUACCUGCGUACAUGCAAAUAGCGUUUGUGAUGGUAUUAAAGACUGCAAACAUGGAGAAGAUGAAGAUCAGCAGGAGUGUCAACACAAAGGCCAUAAAGGGGGCGGUAUGGUUUUAUAUGACUCACAUGCAAGCGACCACGCGGGAGAUUUCCCACUCGAUCAUGGGGAUCGCGCAUAUGAUGUCUUAGAUGAAUACAAAGGCGAUGGCGAAGAGGGGCAAAAAACAGCCGGUAGCUCGAGUAAAAAGGAACCACCGAAAAAUCACAAAACGCAGAGCUCGAGGCCACACGUGAUCGUUAUACAACAGCCCGCAGCGAAAGUGGCACAUGCACCUCCUCCAAAAAAGCACAGACCUAUUAUGCCUAAGCAUCGACCAAUUGUGCCCAUGCCGUUUCCCGUCAGACCACCAAUUAUUCCACAACCCAUAGGGCUGCCACCACCCAUUAUGGGAGGAGGACUUGGGCUUCUUGGAGGACUAGGAAUUGGAGGACUGGCAGAACUGUUGGACUGAUAGACAUUUGUUCUAACUGGUUUUGUUGCAUGUUCUAUAUUUUGUGAACACAUAUUUACAGACAGAUUUCAAUUUGAGAACUGAUAUUAAGGUAUAAUAAAACAUCUUAGUUGAUUUGACUCUCUACUGAUAAAAAAUGUAAUUCAAACAAUUAAGAUAAAAAAUAAACAACAAAUGAAUUACAAGUGCAAAACUUAGGUAUACUAUAUUUAUAUAUAACAAAGUUAUGAAAAUGAUACGCAUUGAGAGAAAUAAAAUAAUUAUACUGUA